AUGUCGGCGACGCAUCUUGUCCCGACAACCUCGUCAUCCGUUAUCUUCUUUCGUGCCCUGGCGAUUGCCUCGACCGCCCGAUCGUGCCCUCACCAUGCCUUCAGAACCUUCUCCUCUAGUAUAGCUAGUCGACAAUCAUCAAAACGAGAGUUAUACACUACGCCUUCUUACCAGCCUCACACUCUGCCCACCGAUUUCCCUCUACCUAUUAGAAAUACCGGUGUUCCCGACACCUCAAUCGCUGGACCCAAACCACAACUCAAGGAUACGAGACAAGACCAGGGAAACGCUGCACCGCAGAACAAGUUGCAUGAAACUGCAAGCAUAAGUGUACCAGAAAGAGUAUCACAGAAGUCAAAGCCGGUGCAGACGCCGCAGCCCGAGCAAUCCAAAUCAGCGAAACCCCGGAGAAGCAAAUUACGGCCGCGGAAAGCCGCCAUGUCGAUAACACCCAAUGCGCUAGUCCAUCUACGCGAACUCCUGGACCAGCCAGAUCCCAAAAUGAUCAGAGUCGGUGUUAAGAAUCGUGGCUGCUCGGGCCUUGCGUAUCAUCUGGAGUAUGUGGAUAAGCCUGCCGCCUUUGAUGAAGUCGUUGAGCAGGACGGAGUUAAAGUGUUGAUUGACAGCAAAGCGCUCUUCAGUAUCAUUGGCAGUGAGAUGGACUGGCAGGAAGACAAGCUGAGUGCUAGAUUUAUUUUCAAGAAUCCCAAUAUCACAGAGCAAUGCGGCUGUGGGGAGUCAUUCAGCGUUUCAUGA